AUGCGGAUCGGGACUUGGGGCUCGGCGGUGGUCGACUCCGGCUUCGGUCCAUCGCCCGACUUCGGUCCAUCGCGCGACUUCGGUCCAUCACCCGACUUCGGUCCAUCGCGCGACUUCGGUCCAUCGCGCGACUUCGGUCCAUCGCGCGACUUCGGUCCAUCGCGCGACUUCGGUCCAUCGCGCGACUUCGGUCCAUCGCGCGACUUCGGCCCAUCGCGCGACUUCGGUCAAUCUCCCGACUUCGGUCCAUCGCGCGAGAUGGUGGCUGCGAUGGGUCGCGUCGAAUGCGGGAACCCGAGUGUCCACUCGCCCCUGACGGGGAGCGACUGA